AUGGCCACUAUUCAGGCGAUCGAGGCUCGUUCGGUCCAUCAAAUCCAAUCUGGCCAGGUGAUCGUCGACCUGUGCUCCGUUGCCAAAGAACUGGUCGAGAACAGCCUCGACGCGGGCGCAACUACGAUAGAGGUGCGAUUCAAGAACAAUGGGCUGGACUUGAUCGAGGUGCAGGACAACGGCACAGGCAUCUCACCAGAGAACUACGAGAACGUCGCGCUAAAACACUACACCUCCAAAUUAUCCUCCUUCGACGACCUCUCCAGCCUCCAUACCUUCGGCUUCCGCGGCGAAGCUCUCUCCUCACUAUGCGCCCUCGCCGAAUUCCACGUCAUCACAGCCCAAGCCAACCAAGUCCCCCGCGCAAACAGACUAGACUUUGAAACCUCCGGCAAGCUCCGCAGAACCCAGAUCGUGGCCGGACAAAAAGGAACGACGGCCUCGGUGGAGGGCAUCUUCAAACGACUCCCAGUCCGCAGACGCGAACUGGAGAAAAACAUCAAGCGGGAAUAUGGGAAAGUGUUGAAUCUACUCCAUGCCUACGCUUGCAUUAGUGCCGGGGUUAAAUUCAGUGUUCGGAAUACCGUCGGCAAAACGAAGAAUGUGGUUGUUUUCUCGACGAAUGGGAAUCGUACUACGAAGGAGAAUAUUGCGAAUGUGUACGGGGCUAAGACGUUGACCGCGUUGAUUCCGCUCGAUCUCGAGCUGGAGUUUGAACCCUCUGCUCCCAUGAGACGUGCUAGCGGCGGCGAUACGCAAUCCAAUCAGUUGGUGGUCAAGGGCCACAUCUCUCGACCCGUCUUCGGAGAAGGACGCCAGACACCGGAUCGACAGAUGUUUUUUGUGAACUCGCGGCCUUGUGGGUUGCCUCAGAUUGCAAAGGCGUUCAAUGAGGUGUAUAAAUCGUUCAAUGUCUCGCAAUCACCGUUUAUUUUUGCGGAUUUUCAGAUGGAUACGAAUGCUUAUGAUGUGAAUGUGUCUCCAGAUAAGAGGACGAUUCUAUUGCAUGAUGCGGGGGCUCUGAUCGAGUCGCUGAAGGCGUCUUUGGUGCAGCUCUUCGAGGCUGCGGAUCAGACGGUUCCUCAAUCGCAGGUGCUUGGCUCCAAGACUCCCAUUGCGGCUAAGCAGCAAGCACUGGGCGCGCUUCCGGGGUUCGUCACUGCUCGCCAGCUUAGCCAGAGUACUCUCGGGUCUGCUGCUACGCCGGAUCGUGAUCGGAGCGUUGAUGAGUCUGAAAUGGAAUCGGAGGCCUCGCAACGAACUGUGCAGAACAGUAUCAAGCGGUUUAUGAGUACUCAAGGCGGGUCUGAUGAAGUGGAUGCUUUAUCCACUCCAACGAGAUCUACACGAACGUCCCAGCAGACACCAAGACCAUCAUUGGCUGAGCGUACUCCCUCUGUCAGGCCGGAAGAGAAGGCCAAUCAGUCCGAACGCGAACCAGAGCAUGAUAUGGAAGAAGAAACGUCCCAACCACCUCCUCGGCCCUCCCCACCCGCAGAACCAGACUCCGCACCACCACAACAGCCAGAUGAACCCGAAGAAAUACCCAACGCGGUUCAGAAUGCCUUUGACCGAAUGCGCCCUCGUCGAAUGCCAGCUGAGAUGGCCACCAUCACUAUUGGUGAUCACACGGUGACCUCCAUGAUCGGUAGCGGUCGUCCGCGAAAACGACCAUCUGAUAUCGGGUAUUCGUCCAAUGGGCAAUCUAAACGUAAGCGACGCAUUCAUACACCGUCCCGACCUGGUAUAUUUGGGGAGCAGAUGAAGGCGUUUGCGGCGCCUGGGACGCAGAUGGACGAUGACGAAGAGGAGGAGGAAGAGGAAGGAAGUGAGGAUGCUGCAAGCGAAGCCAAUGAAGAAGGCCUCGUGGACGAAGAGGCCGAAGAAGCUCAGGAGGAGGAGGAGGAGGAGGAGGAGGAGGAGGAGGAGGUCUAUUCAUCUGAACCUGAGGAUACCGACUACAUUCCCGAAGGGGACCGUGAGCCUGCUGGCCAGGCGGAAAAUGAUCAAAAGCCAAUUGACGAGACACCGAGAGCCGAGACAGAUGAAGAUGCCCUCGGUGAAGCCGAGAAAAAGGCCCAAGAAGAAGCCAUGGUUCAGCAGCUCAUCCAUCAAGCCGAAGAAAAAGCCGUGCUUCCAUCCGAGCACAAUACCAGUCGCGCAAACAAGAUGAAUAAGGGCGCCGCACAUCGCGAUGCUACCGUUCAACUCGUCACCAUUAUCGAUACCUCGGUCUCCAAGCUUCAAGCGCAGAUGGCGAAACUGCGAGAGAGCCUCGCGACACAAAAUGUGCCAUCCCAAAAGGCAAACACCGAUCUGGGCGACGAGAAAACCGCAGAAGACCGCCUCUCGCUGACCGUCAGCAAAGCGGAUUUUGCUCAAAUGCGCAUCAUCGGCCAAUUCAACUUGGGCUUCAUAAUUGCCGUCCGGCCGGGAGAAGAGCACGAUGAAUUAUUCAUCAUUGACCAGCACGCCUCGGACGAAAAGUUCAAUUUCGAGCGUCUCCAAGCUGAAACGGUCGUUCAAAACCAGCGUCUCGUCCGACCCCAGCGCCUUGAUCUCACUGCCGUCGAAGAGGAGAUUGUACUCGAGAACCGCUCCGCCCUCGAAAAGAACGGGUUCAUCGUCACCGUGGACGAAAGUGGCGACGAGCCUAUCGGUCGACGAUGCCAAUUGGUAUCACUCCCGCUUAGCAAAGAAGUUGUCUUUGGUUCUCGCGAUCUGGAGGAGUUGAUCGUCCUCUUGUCGGAAGCCCCAGUGGUGAAUGGGAUUUCAGUACCCCGACCUAGCAAAGUGCGGAAGAUGUUUGCUAUGCGAGCGUGUCGGUCGAGUAUCAUGAUUGGGAAGACGUUGACGACGCGGCAGAUGCAGCGGGUUGUGCGGAAUAUGGGGACUAUUGAUAAACCUUGGAAUUGUCCUCAUGGCAGACCGACGAUGCGGCAUUUGAUGAGUCUUGGGCAGUGGGAGGAGUGGGAUGAAUAUGCGGGUGAUGGAGAAGAGGAAGAGGGAGAAGAGAAGAGUUCUGGUGGAUUGGAUGUUUGGAAGAGAUACGUGGAGGAGGCUGCUGGCGAGGAUGAAGAGGAGGAAGAGGAAGAAGAAGAAGAAGCAUAA